AUGACGUUGCAGCGGCAAGUUGAUUAUGUAACGGACACAAUCAUCGAGAACGAGCGCGGGUUGACGGUGCUUGGGUACCCGAUCUUUUCACCUAAAUUCCUCCUGCCGCAUCUGGACCCGGCAAACUUCCAAUUGGUCCUCGAUCACGGACAUCUUGUCGAGCUUAACGUGCUCAACACAAGGAAUUCGCAUUCUCUGGACGAGCUGUACCCCUUGCCCUGGGUGGACUCGCAGGCAGCCGCCGCAGGAGGGGUUGCACCGGGAGCAGGGGCAGAUUCAGCGGAGACCGGGUGGUUCGUGCAAAUGUCCAAUAGGGAUGACACAGACGACCAAGGGUGGUGCUACAGUUGGUCGUUCGGCUGCCACCGGUGGAAAUCGAAAAACGGUUUUGUACGCAAAAGAAUGUGGGUACGGUUGCCAAGGGGCAAUUCCGGUUUAUCGCACUUGAACGGGGCAGAUACACACUGA